AUGGAUUUUAUGCCGACUGGAUAUCUUCCCGAUAGCGUUUAUAGAGAACUAGCCUGGUAUGGUAUACUGCAAAUCCAACCACUACAUCACAGCUCGAAGCAUAAGGUUGCGGCGCAACUCAUAUGGCAACAUACACUUGGACGACCCCACGUAAUAAUGGAAAGUCCGCCACAAUCCACACAGUCUGAAGGUAAAGUAAGCCGACAAAUUUUGGCUGAAGAGGCAGCAAAAUGGUCUAGAGAGCAGAGAGCAGCCCAAGAAGUACUUAUGGAAAAUAUCAAAAGUGGCGGUAAUGGUCUUACAGUAAGAACAGUUAUCAGCGCGCAUCAGAAGACCAUAUAUAUCAUACAGAAUGGUAACUUUUACAAAUGUCCAGAAGGAUCUGAACCUGAUUUAGACGCUUAUCGGCUGCAGGCUAAUAUGCACGAGCGAAAAUGCACUUACGGGAAACCUUCUAUACCACUACCUGUUGAUCCUUGCAUCGAGGCAGAAGUUGCACCAAUUGAAUAUUCCUUCCAUGAAGGUUGGAUGUUUUGCCUCGGGAAUGGCGAGAGAGAUAAUAACUAUUUCCAAAACGGGACGUUAGACUGCGGGAAUAAAACAAAGCCGCCACCAGUAGAAUUAACGCCAGCGUUCCCUGCGACAACAGUUAAUCCUUGUGAAACAACGGUCUGUCCUGAAUGUAUUGAAGGUUAUACAGAGGAUCAGGGCGUACCCAUAGAAGGUGAGCAAUAA